AUGUCUAGAUUGACCCCUACAUUUGAGAACAUGGUUACUUCUGAAAUUAUUGAAACUUGCUGGGCACAUGAUUUUACAGAUGUUGUGUUGGUUCACGAAAAUCGUGGCGUACCUGAUGGUUUGUUUAUAAUCCACCUUCCCUUUGGUCCAACGGCGUUUUUUGAACUGCUCUAUGUGGUUACAAGACAUGACAUCAAGGACAAGAAAGCUAUGGGAACGAUGCCGCAGGUUUAUCCACAUUUGAUUCUUGACAAUUUCACGACCAAGAUAAAGAUGGGAACACUGGAUCAGACUGAAGCCCAGGAUGAAUGGGUCUCCAAGUGA